UUCAAACAGCCAUUGACCAUGGGAUACUCUGAGGUCUUGUGCCAGAUCUGCGGCGUCAGCUUCAACAUUGGUCGAAUUCGCAGACCUGAUGAGCCGCGAAGUGCAGCAUGGGCGUUGUACGGUCCCAUUGCGAGGAAAUCGCUCUGGGACUAUACGUCUCGCGAGAAUAUGCUCUCCAGCUUCGUAGAGCAGCGCACGGAUUUCCGCAGGGCAAGUUGCGGCCAAGAUUCUGGCUGCAUGUUCGUGACCAGAAAUCCGCGUACAAAGAAUAUCGAUUGGCCAGGAUUCCGGAACAACGUUGAACAUUCGACUGGGGAGGUGGAUGGCGAUUCAAGUGAUGAUUCCGAAUGGGUCCCAACAGAUGAGGAGGAGCAAGAGUCGCUCGAAUACUCUUCGGAAAACGAAGAUAAUUCAGAUGGCGGAAACGUGGAUCAAGAGGGUGAUGUCACUAUGGCCAAUAGCGAUUUAGAUGCAGGAGACAUGUUCCCCUCCACUCUGAGCUUGGUUCAAGACCAGAUGAUUUUCAACCCGUGUACUUGGAACGGGGAACAGCUUGAAAGACUAGUUGGCGGCUCUGAACAACUCCCGGCGUGGUAUCGGGGUACUCCGUACUAUUUCGAAGCGGAUUUGCAUCAUGACAAGACUACUGAAGAGAUCUCCCCACUGUGGCCUGGUGAUUCUGAGGGAGCCGAUGACGCCACAGCCAAGACGAAAAUGCUGGAUGAAGCUCAACGAAAAGCAGAGGAGUCGUAUUCGCGCGAGAGGCAACAAUUUGAACAUAUCGCGGGACCGGGCUGCGAGCAUGCGCGCGGCUAUUCUGGUCACGAGAUUGGCGUAGAAGAGAUGCGUGGCUGUCAGAUCGCGCAAUGCUUGAUCCGGAAACCGCCGGGGUACGAAUUUGUUCCAUCGUUUUAUGACGAGGACUUUGAGGUGGAUGGAAACUUUUUUCUGAGCGGACUCACUGAUCACAUGCCCUCGCGCGACUACUCGAACCCCACGGUGACUCCUGCGCGUCAACAAUGUGAGCAACCGUAUGCUGAAAACAUAAUGUGGGAUGAAGACAAUGCCAACGAAUACGCAUUACCUUUCCACCCUUCCUGUCUAGAAGUCUUCAAGCAACUCUCACGUAUGUCGAAAGGCAGCGUUGACAUCAAUUCGUUGACGAGCUGGUGGUCUCUGGAAGCCGACUAUGAAAUUUUCCAUGGCUUCCCUCGUCAUCCCGAUCUCUCGCAAUGCAACGGGCAAGAGUGGGAACAUAGCAACGGAACGGCCUAUCUAGCCGCUAAUCCUCUUUACGUCCCUAAACUGAAAGAAAUAUGCGCUGCAGCAAUCGAAUCGGACCCCGCCUUCAAUCCUCGAACCGGCGCCUUCACCCUGCCCCAACCUCCAUCAACCUCUCCUUCCUACGACCCUUUUCUCUCAAUUCCCAACGAAAUCCUCACGGAGAUUCUCGAUCACCUCACCUCCCAAGAUAUCGCCACCCUUCGCCUCUCGUCCCGUGCAUUUACAGAACUCCCAAUUGCAUACUUCCAGAAACUAAUCCUUCGUGAAAUGCCAUGGCUCUGGGAAGCCUGGCCAACCUUCAAGACCUCGACCCGCACAAAAUACUCCCUCUGGGCAACCCUAACGGCCGGAACCGCCAUGCGCACGCUCACAAAAGCCGAUCGUGAAAUCGAAGCGAUCCAGGAUUACGUCGCCAUCGUCAAGAAAGAGAUGCCCGAGCUUAGCGAACAAAUGGACGAAGCCCUCAAAACCCAAACACAAGCUGUUCGGGCAGCCCACGAGUUUGACAUCGAGAAUAGAGAGGAGAGGUUUCCGUGCUAUUUACCCCCCGACCGCACGAAUUACUACAAGUUGUACACGCUUAUCAUUCGCCAUUGGAAAGAUCUGAAAGGGUUGCGAAAUCGCCAGAGAAUCUGGAGAGACUGCGAAGAAAUCAUGCGGCGCGCAGAUGCGUAUAAAGAGAGUGGGCGGAUCGACGAGAGUGGGAUCACGGAGGAGCUGGAGGAUGUGAUUCGUGGGAACCGAGAAGCUUUUCAGCUGAGGGAAGCAAGGAGGAGGAAGGAACGGGAGAAGUAUUGGAAGACAUAUGAAAGAGAGAGGAAGAGACUCGUGGAGGAGAAGGAGAGGGAGGAGAAAGGGGAGUCAGUAAGUCAAGAAUUGCCGCAGCGUCCUGGGCUCACGUUUGUGAAUACCUUUUCGGAGGAGGGAGUUAUGGAGACGGAGGGUGCACGCGUAACUUGA